AUGAGAUUUACUUUGAAAUCUGCCAUAAAACUCAUCUAUGGUCUGGUGGACGUGGGAUUCUCGCGUCACGAUAUCCAUUACAUGCUAAGUGAAAGAUCUAAUGAGCUAUUAAAAGCAGGAGUGGAUCCAAGACACUGGCAAGCUAGGGAGAAGAUUGCAUUUCUAUCAUCAAUUGGAAUACCUAAAUCGCAGGCACUCGAUAUAAUUGUCAACAACCCAUUAUUAUUAGCCAGCACAAUUGCAGAUAUUGACUUGGCCUGUAAAUGCUUAGCAAAAUCAGGUGCUAGUAUAGGGGAUUAUGUAACUUUACUGGCAGAAUCCUUAGAAAUGAUAAAACCACAUAGCUCGGCAACAAAUUCAGAUAAAACAACUAAUUUGGCCAACAAAAUUGUACCGGAUGAAACUUUCUCAACAAAUAAAAAUGUUAAAUCCAAUUAUCCUAAAUGA